UAGGGUAACAUUUUUCAAUCUGUCAAACAAAAAACGUAAACAUGGCGAGUGAUUCAUAUGAUUUAGACGAAGUUAUCGAAAAUUUAAAAUCUACAGUGAGAAAGUCCUUCGCUCGUUUAUAUGCAACUUUAAAAGCUAGAGAAUUGAAGACAUUAAGGCAGCUGGACGCUAUACGUAAACAAUGCCAAGACGACAAAGACUUGAAAAGAAAUUGUGUUCAAAACGUACAAGUAUGUUAUGCAAAUGAGUCCACGUUAUUUGAUAGUAUAGGUAAUUACGGGGUUAUAGAUUUUGAAAAGCUAAAUUUUGAUAGUAGUACUUUUACAUUGGAGGACUAUGUAAAUCCAAACGAUGAUCAUAUGUAUUCAUAUAAAACCAUAGAGGAAUUGACUAAGGACGAAGACAAUAGUGAGUUAGAGGCUAUAGAAGAGGCUGCUAUAAAAGAGGUAACUAGAACGGGGAAUUGUGUUUGCUAUGUGCAUAUAAAAGCAGACGAUGUAUCAAAAAAGUUUAGGAAUUUAGAUUCAAUUGUAUCACCAUUAAGAACUUGUGAUGAUAGUGUAAAUAGUACUGAGAAUGAUGACGUGGACAGUUCUGAGAAUGCUGGAGAGGAUGAGAAGAGUGAUUGUUCAGAAGAAGUGAAGAAAAUAAAUCCAACUGAUGAUUGGUUGAAUACAAUAAAGAGCCACACAGAGACCGAGCCAGUCCAACCGGACUCUAUGGAGCACAGUACUAUUACUUGCUCUUAGCACUUACUUAGUUUAAUCUUUAUAUCAGUUUACUUAAAAUUUGUUACUUAAGGCAGAUGGAAUAAAUUUUUAUAUUUUACA